CUUUCAUCCACAUGAUGGCGCUAGAAACCGCGUUUUUAUUUUAUUUUUAAACAAAGGAAUACAGUACAGUGAGUUUACAUUCCUUAGAAAAAAGGCCACUCCAUUUUAUCCUCAGCGGCUGAAGAUGAAAAGGCGAGCAAGUAAAAAUUAAAGCAAAUUGGGAAUUAAGUUUCCCAAAGCUGUUGUGUGGUAGUGCAAAGACAUUUGAAAAUUGCACCAAAUUUGCGAUGGUAUAUUCCCAAAGAAGUACGGGAGCCGGGCGUCUGCUGCUGUCGCUUCUGCUCCUCGCAGCCUGGGAGGCCGGGCUGGCGGAGCUGGUGCCGCGCCUGUUCCGGGUGGCGUCCAAGGGCCGCGGGGACCUCCUGGAGGUAAAUGUGCAGAAUGGCAUUUUGUUUGUGAAUUCUCGGAUCGACCGCGAGGAGCUGUGCGGGCGGAGGGCGGAGUGCAGCAUCCACCUGGAGGUGGUGGUGGAGCGGCCGCUGCAGGUUUUCCACGUGGAGGUGGAGGUGAAGGACAUUAACGACAACCCGCCAAGGUUCUUGCGACAAGAACAAAGAUUAUUUAUUUUAGAAUCAAGAACAGUAGAUUCCCGGUUUCCGCUAGAGGGCGCAUUUGAUAUGGAUAUCGGAGCAAACGCAGAAUUGAGAUACAAGUUAAAUUCUAAUGAACAUUUUCAUUUGGAUGUGAAAACAAAUGAAGAAGGAACUAACUCUUUAGGGCUAGUAUUGACGAAGCCGGUAGACAGAGAAGAAACCCAGGAACUUCGUUUAUUACUGAUUGCGGUGGAUGGAGGAAAACCUGAACUAACAGGUACUGUUCAGUUAUUGAUCAAUGUAUUGGAUGCAAAUGACAAUGCCCCAGAAUUUGAUAAAUCAGUGUAUAAGGUUAGAUUACUUGAAAAUACACCGAAUGGGACGUUAGUUAUUAAACUGAACGCCUCAGAUGCAGAUGAGGGUAUUAAUAAGGAAAUAGUGUACCUCUUUAGUAAUCUUGUUCUUGACAAUGUAAAAUCUAAAUUUACAAUAAAUUCUAAUAGUGGGGAAAUAACGGUUAAGGGAGAACUGGAUUAUGAAGACUGCAAUUUAUAUGAAAUCAACAUCGAUGCUGUAGAUAAAAGUCCAUUCCCAUUAACUGGACACUGCAAAGUAAUAGUGAAACUCUUGGAUGAGAAUGAUAACACUCCAGAGAUGGCCGUCACUUCCCUGUCUCUGCCCGUCAGAGAGGACGCUCCACUGGGCACCGUCAUUGCUUUGAUCAGUCUGUCCGACCGAGAUUCCGGUGCCAACGGACAAGUGACCUGCACCCUGUCGCCACACGUUCCCUUCAAGCUGGUGUCCACCUUCAAGAAUUACUAUUCGCUGGUGCUGGACAGCGCCCUGGACCGCGAGAGCGUGGCGAACUAUGAGUUGGUGGUGACCGCGCGGGACGGGGGAUCGCCUUCGCUGUCGUCCACAGCCAGCGUGUCCGUGGAGGUGGCCGACGUGAACGACAACGCGCCGCUGUUCGCGCAGCCCGAGCACACGGUGUUCGUGAAGGAGAACAACCCGCCCGGCGGCCACAUCUUCACGGUGUCGGCGCGGGACGCGGACGCGCAGGAGAACGCGCGGGUGUCCUACUCGCUGGUGGAGCGGCGGGUGGGCGAGCGCGCGCUGUCGAGCUACGUGUCGGUGCACGCGGAGAGCGGCCAGGUGUCCGCGCUGCAGCCGCUGGACCGCGAGGAGCUGGAGCUGCUGCAGUUCCAGGUGAGCGCGCGCGACGCGGGCGAGCCUCCUCUGGGCAGCACCGUGACGCUGCAGGUGUUCGUGCUGGACGAGAACGACCACGCGCCCGCGCUGCUGCCUCCGGCCCCGGGCGUGCUGGUGUGCUCCAGCACCGAGGGGAGCUGGUCGUACUCCCAGCAGAGGCGGCAGAGGGUGUGCUCUGGGGAGGGGCCGCCCAAGACGGACCUCAUGGCCUUCAGCCCCAGCCUCCCUCAGGGUCCCAGCUCUGCAGACAAUUUCCUAGCAAUUUUCAGCAUCUAUGGGUGA